CUGUUCUGCUUGGCACAAAAUAAAGGGUCCCGUCUUUUCCGAGUGGUUGACCAAGAAAGGAUGUUGAAACGCAGAUCCGUAUACAAGACGGUUUAGUAAUGGACGUUGCUCAAAGUUGGUGUUGCAGUUGCCAAGGACAUUUUUGGAUCGACCCGCAGUGACAUCAUUGCGCGAGAUCAUCUCAACCUCAUGGCAUCCGUCCAGCACUUGUUUACCUUUCGGACAGCCGAAAAUCAGGAGAGGUUGAGCGACAGCUUACCGGCCGUGGACGGCAAACUGACUACCCUGGAAAUACUGAACCAAUCAUCUACUGGUCUUGUCCCGCGUGAAACUGACUUGGUGGACUACCUUGGUCACGGUCGGGUCGCUCCGGUCUCUACCAUUGCGGGCGGGCAAUCGACCUGCUUUGUUGAGCCUCAGGGUCUUACCACAGUACACAGUAAAAAUCCUGCUGAUAGUCCGGGGUUCUGUCUGACAACGAAUAACAAACCAGAAGAGUUCGCCUCAUUGACGAAUGACAAGACCAUCUCCAAGAUCCUCACAACUCGGUGGUUGGUGAAAACAUUCGUUAACUUCACCUCUCUCCACAGACGGCUACCGUAUCUGUUUCAUCCUAUUCUCCACAGAGUGCCCACCGUCUCCACCACAGCCUCAUGGAGUUACUUCUCUAUUCCUUAUUCCCAAAUAUAUCAGGAUCUACGCUAGAGUACAAAAUGUCUUCAAUCCCCCGCGUAUUUGCACUUCUCAACUUCUUCAUGUCUUGAGAAACCAUAUUAUUGCUUUCAUACAAGCUUCACUA